AUGCAGUUUUCAGUAAAAAUUUAUGGUUUGGCAAAGGACGUUGAAAUAACUGCUGCUGUUGUUGUUGUUGCUGCUGAUGCUGAUGCUGAUGAUGAUGAUGGUGAUGAUGAUGAUGGUGAUGAUGAUGGUAUAAGGGUUAAACGUGACCAUAUUGAUUUAAAUUCAUGCUUCAAAUACAAGAAGGGUUACAAAUUGGAUUUGAAACCUAAUGAAUAUGAGGAUGCAGAAAGAACUGUUGAAUUCAAGGACGACUGCCUUCGAGCCUGCCUUCGAGCUUCACUGUCUGAACGAUCAGAACGUGGCUUUGUCUGUAGAUCACUAAUUUUUGCUCCAAAACAGAGCGAUUGUUUACUGACUGCAGUUGGCGGUGAACGGGCUGUUUAUUCUGAUGAAAAAAGUCUACCAGUAAGAUUUUAUGAAAAUUUAUGCGUCAAACCUCCGAUCGAAGGUGGAGUUGUGGAAGCACGACUAAGAGGCUAUCGUGGUGGAGAGGGUCUCAUUCAGAUUGUUCAGAAGAAGGGCCAAACCGCUUUGGCUUACAUAGUUAUGGAUGGAAUGAAACAAAACACGGACUACGAUAUUUUCUACAGCGAUGACAAUUCGAGAGACUGCACUCGUCUUUCAAGUGUUGAAAAGAAAAAGGCAAAGAAGUUGGCCACUGUAGACACUGAUGUCACGGGGAUGGGCGUCCAGCCGUGGAGUGAAGUUAGUUUUGACGCCUUGAACAACGACAUCCUAAACAAAACAAUCGUUGCAAUCGAACAGAAGUCAGAUGAGGUCAUAAUCUGUGGAUCAAUUGUUAUCAAAGGGAAUCGGACAGAGUGGGAAAAUGCAAAGAAUGCAGUUUCAGCCUUUAGAAUCCGUUGGCCGUUCCUCUCCUUUUUCAUCUUCCUUAUUUUCUUUAAAUGCUGUUAA